AUGACAGCGACUAUGAAACUUGAGCUGCAUGUGCAAUAUGGAGGUGAAGAGGUGCUCCGCCCGCCCACCUCCCUCCCUCUUCCCUCGGUGCGUCUCUGUCCGCCCGCAGCAGUCUCCUUCCCGGCGAGGUUCACUCCAGAGAUGGCUGCGAAAGUGUGCAGAUCUGUGCUCCUGUUGUCCCGGAGCAGCGGAGCGGUGGCCAGCAGCCUCCCCGCACUUGUUGUCUCGUCACAGAGGCACCACCAGCACAUAAGACCGCAGGCGGUCCUCUCUGCCCCUCUGUCCCGUCAGAGCAUCAGGAGAGCACAUGGAAUCCGCUCCCACUCCACACUCUUCAGCCAGCCUCCCACCGCCCUGUCUCCACAGGUUUGGAAGGGCGCCCCCUCAUGGCACGGCCAGAGACUGUUGUGUACCUCAGCUGCUGAAGAGGUGACGGUGAUGUAUCAGAAUGGUUUGCCGGUGAUCUCGGUCAGUUUGCCGUCUCGACGAGAGCGCUGCCAGUUCACCCUGAAGCCACUGAGCGACUGUGUGGGCGUGUUCCUGCAGCAGCUGCAGGCGGAGGACCGAGGCAUCGACCGCGUGGCCAUCUACUCCAUGGAUGGAGCCCGGGUGGCCUCCUCCACAGGGAUCGACAUUCUGCUGCUGGACGACUUCAAACUGGUCAUCAACGACACCACACACGUCGUACGGCCCCCGAGGAGAGAUCUGCUGCCUCACGAGGAUCUUGAACGGCUGAAUGAUGUGAAGUUCCUGGUGCAGCAGCUCUACACCACGCUGCGUAUAGAGGAACACCAACUCGGCAAAGAACGCGAGCUGAUUGGACGGCUCGAGGACCUCAACUCACAACUCCGCCCCCUCGAGAAGGUGAGAGAGGAGUUGAGUAAGAAGGCGGAGCGGCGUACGACCUGGGUGCUAUGGGGCGGCAUGGCGUACAUGGCCACUCAGUUUGGGAUACUGGCGCGGCUCACCUGGUGGGAAUACUCCUGGGACAUCAUGGAGCCCGUCACGUACUUCAUCACAUACGGCACCGCGAUGGCUAUGUACGCUUACUACGUGCUCACGCGCCAGGAGUACAUUUACCCCGACGCCAGGGACCGUCAGUAUCUGCUGUUCUUCCACAAGGGGGUGAAGAGGACUCGCUUCGACAUAGAGAAAUACAACAAGCUGAAGGAUGAUAUCGCAGAGGUGGAGUUAGAUCUAAAGCGUCUGCGGGACCCUCUGCAGCUCCAGCUCCCCGUCCCGCAGCUCACUGGCACUAACAAUUGA